GGUCGGAGUGACGACUGCCAUAGCCCGCGCGCCGAACCCGAGCGCGAUCUGAUGUGGUAUCCGCAUGUGCGGGUUGGUUGCUAUUACUUUAGAUAAUGCAGGGUUACAGGGUCCAUGGACUAUUUUCGGGCCUCAGAAAUAUAUACGCGGGAAUCAUGUUACCCCCUCUCCUCCUUGUUCACCUCUCAAUCAGCCUCGGCUCGAGCGGUUUCUUGUUCUAUCCGUCACUUCAGAGGCUCAGACGAGCGAAACGAUUCAGGAGAGACAUUCUGCUUCUGGCGUCGUGGCGAAGAAUGUUUGGGGAACAUUCUUGCUGCCGCCGAGGGAAAAACGUGGGCAAGGGGAGGUGUGUGCCGGGAUUUAAGUGGAAGCCUAGAAAGGGUUUGGUGGGAUUUUUUUGUUCCCAAUCCGAAACGGUGACACUUUAGAUGGAGAGUCCAAUGGGAGAGGUACGAGGCGUAGCAUGCAGUACAUCUAAUGCAGGGUUGGACUGAAGCUGCAGCUUGUUUGGAUGUUCACUGCCUGCUUGAGCUUCUGCUGCAGUCUUGGGGCUGGGGUUACGUGACCGUA